UGGCAAUGGAUCAAUAAAAGACAUCAACAAAAUCAAAAUGAUCCUUUGGAUACUCUUAAUCAGAGUGUUACUGAAGAUGGUUCCUUCGACGACAGCACUGACUUAGUUAGUGCUGGAGGAGAGAGUCUUGAUAUCACGACUAGAGAAGCACGUGAAUUGUCAAAUUUUUGUGACCUUAUGUUGUCGCAGGAUGAAGUGAGACCCCUGUUCCUGGUUCAUCAAAGUAGACUGGCCCACCCCACUUUCGAUUUCAUAUCGACGAGUUAGAAGCGCACAUGGUAAAUAUUGGCGUUGUUUUCUUGUAUCCUCAACAUCUUUAUUCGUUGUCUAGUUUUCCCGGUUUUUCCUACAUACUAGGUGGAUGUUGCGGAAUACCUAGCGAAUAGUUGCCUUUUGUGUUUGGGCAUUCCAUCGAAAUCUAGCGAUGGCUGUAUUCACUGUUUCUUUGAUCGCAUGUCAUCGUGAAACUGAAAGGGUUAUACAACAAAAAAUUGAAUGUCCGUCGUUGGUCAUCCACCAUAAUUAUGGUGGAGGAUUGCGGUAUCUGUGUUUGCUUGCUUGGCAUACAACCGUAAUAAAUGCAGAUGGAAGGCGUCCGCGAGAGACGCCCGCCCGCCGGGCAGAGGUUGUUUGGAAGUCCCCCGCGGUCUGGGAGUAAUAGCGCGGAGGAGCGGGCGACAGUGGUCUCCCAGAGUCCGCUACAAGAGCCUCGUAGUGACAGUCCAAGCGGCAAGAACGGGUCGAAGCGUGCAUCAGAACAAUCGCCGCCCAUCAAGCUCCCGUACACAGGCUCACUGGCUAGGCACAGCGCACCUCCUGGAGAUGUACAGGAAGAUUCGCCACCGCGUCUCCUCGGUUCCGGCGAGGGCGUGCGGAGUGACAAAGCGCUUCUGACGAGUGGAGGCAAACUGUUGGGGAGUAAGGCCAGUGUGGACAUGAGGCGGGAUGCCCGGUCCAAGAAUAGUGCAGUGGACGAUGUUGCGCCGCUAGGGUCGUACACGCGAAUGCUUUGCCAACCGCUUUUCUUGACGAGGGAUUUCUUUUCAAAUGUGCUUGAAUAUCUGGAACUCACUCCGACUCUCGCUUUUCUUCACGGAAUGGUGUUUUGCGCCGUGCUCAGUGUCUGCGUGCAGGACAAGAUACGUGAGAAGGUAGCUACACUUAUAGCAUAUCGUUUUAACUCGAGUGCCCGGUAAAAGUAUAGGCUUGAUUGCAACUGUGUGGAAUUCGACUCUUUUUGAUCUAGAAUGUUAGUUGAUCCUGUUAUAAAUAUAUGAAGUGGAACUUCGGGUUUAGGCCCAGGCGUGGCAUGCAGUACAUUAAUCAAACAACCUCCAGGCCCACGAAGAGGCGUCGAUGUCAUUUUUCGCAAAGAGUGGUUUUAAGCAGCCUUUGAUGCCAGUUUCGGCGUAUGAGGAAACUUUUCAGCUGCUGUCUUUCGCAAAGAUUGUGCUUCGAGCCCUGUGUUUUACGUUUGCGCUUUUUCGUUUUGUCGGCGUUAAGACGAAGGAAGAGAAGGCAGCUACCGAGCGUGAAAGCUGGUUGGGCUACUUCAUAUCCAACUCCUUCACCGCUCUGUGGCCGGCGAGUUCACGUGGCGUUCUAGCGGUGUUCUUUUUCUGCAUCAGUCGCGGUGUAGUUGAGAGUGCUUUUUUCUUCGUCCAGUACCUAGAAAUCGUGGAUCAGCUGCCCUCGAAUGACGAUUCCUCGCUUGUCUGCGAAGUCUUCGAUGGCUUUCGGUUAGCUCCAUAUGAAAAGCUUUAUGACUACUUGUCCCUGCUCAUUUUAUCAGAAUGAAAUACAAUUACAAGCAGAAGUAGAUUUGGUAUUCAUGAUUCCACAUCCAGCGACCAUGAUUUAUUUCGCCAAUGAAUGUGAGACCACUACGCACUACGUCGCAAGAUAUAUACAUUCUCAAUCAGGUCAGUGUUUUUGAAAUCGAUCCUGAUUCUUGGGCUUUUCGUGGGGCACCGUUAUAUUCAAAGCGAGAAUGAGCCCGAGGAGUUUGAAUCGUGGAGUUCAUACAUGGCGGCCUUUGGCAGUGAUGUUAACGUGGCGCCAGAAGGAGAAGUGUACGAUCCCAACGACAUUCGGCACACGCACAUGAUGAGCACACCGGAUGUACUUAUACAUGCUUGAUGUUUGUUACGUGUGUUUUUGCUGGCGCUUUUAUGACAUAGAAGUUGGGGUAAUAAUUCGCGUCAAAACAUUUAGGAUAGAACCGAAAAUACUUUUAGCGAUGAAGGUAAUCGAGGCAAUUUUUUUCAUAACAAUAUUACAGUGCUGCAGCCUCCAAGGCAGCUUUACCAGGGUACACCAUACAAAACAGGGUGCGAGAGGCAACUCCAAGACGACACCUGCUGUGCAUUCGGAGGCCGCUAGCACACACCCGGCCCCGAGUCCAGAGCCACUCACUUCGCCUGAGAAGUUGCGUCAGCGCAGAAAGCCUUUAGCGCUCGAUAUCGAGGGACUCAAGAAUGGGACCAAUACGGCAUCGCCCAGUUUGGUGGUGGUGGACCGCGACAAGACUACGGCACAAAACAAAACUGUUUCAGGCGAAGGAGGUGAGAAAAAGAAAAAAGAUGAAACCAUGAAUAAAGGAGAGUCGAAGGACGCAGCUUUCGAGAACAAAAGCGGGAGUAAUGAUACGGGUACGCAGACGCAACCGUCCUCCAGCACGUCAACAGCAAAUGGAGACUACCCAGGAGACCAAUCUCUCGUGGAAUCUGCACCUUUUUUCUACGAACAGCCAAUUAUGCUCAGCUCCCCGGAGCUUGGCCGAAUCAACCGAACCCGUAGCCAAUCCUCGUCCGCGCAACACCAGAAACAAGCGGCCAGUGGGGGGAGCAUGCAGGUGGGCGGUGCUUCCUCAUCUACGGCCGACUUAGCAUCGAUGGGGCGCCGUCGCACAUUGAGUGACGAUGUGCAGAAUGAUAGUGUGUGCGCUGGACCGGAUUCUCAGCUGUACUCGCAUUUGAAUGCCGGGAACAUGAUCACGUCUGACGGAGCAAGGACGCCAUCUUCGGGUCGAGGGGAAGGACGGUCGCUCCGUGCUAGCGCACAAGCGAGCGCUGAAAGCAUAACGGCAUCGGCGAUGAAGUAUCUGUCACGCAAAAAUAGCGAUGCAGGCGAUCCAAGAGUAGGAAGCAUUUAUGCUGGUGAGGCGCGGUCUCCUACCCCGGAACACUUACCCACGCGACCGAGUCCAACUCGGGCAGGCAAGAAUAAUGCGACGUGGCACGCAGGCGCAUCGAAGCGGGAGAGCCUGGAGUCCCUAUUUCUCCCUCAACCUGCGUCCGGUCCACAUGCUGGAGGUAUCCCACAAAAGUCCGGUAGUAAGAAGCCAUCUACGUCUGGGAAUGCUCGUCUGUUACAAGGCCCUCCGUCGCCUAAGCGCUCUCCAACUCUUUCCGGGGUCACUCAGAACCCGAGCCCGCGGUCCGGUUCGGGGUAUCCCCGUUUCCCUGCGCAUCGUUUUACCUCACUGGAAGCUCUUCCCCUUGCCUCAAAGAACGCCGCGAGUUGUGAGCAGGGCUUAUCCUCUUCGUUAUUGCAGUUUGGCGGCCCCUCUUCCCCACUCUCAGGUACGCACUUCGGUAAUUUACUGGCUGUCGCAGGAGCGACUGGUUCACUCCUCACAUCGUCGCCGUCAGGAGGUAGCAAUACAAUUGGAGGCGCCACGGAUCCGAGGCUAAUGCGACAUAAGCCGGGUUUGGCCGGAGUCGCUUUUGGUCCAGGAGAUGCGCAACCAGUCCCAGUAUCGUCUUCGGGGCCGCGUCCGAUCCGCCGUAUUCUUGGCAAUGGAGGAACGCUGGGAUCAUCGAAUGCCGCCAUUCACACGCACGACGUGCUCAUGUCGGGAGCGGGACUAGACGACACCAAUUACUCAUCAGCACAGGAGCGAUCUGGUGAUCGCAAUUGGUUCUUGUUGCAGCCAAGAAAGCCUUGGCAACCACGACAACUGUGGCGAAAACUGCGCUUUUGCGUCUUCGGGCUGGAUCCUUUCUCCCAGCAGUUGAACAGCUACGCAUGUUAUUUCGCAGGUUUUCUAGUGUCCUGUUCUGUGAUCGAGUGCAUGGGUGAAGUCUUCGUCUUUCAGACAGUAGCGCAACAGACGUGGCUCGGCCGUCGUCUGAUCACGGGGAACUGGCGCCAUGCCGUUUACAUGGUUUUGUUUUAUCCGCUCGAGUCCGCAGUUCUGUUUUCCGCUCUAUACCUUCUAAGGCGGUUUGUGUUAGGCAAAGCGCAGGACCCGGACUCGCACGUCGCGCGCUUGGUACGUGAUCUCUCUCGUGGGCUCAUUUGUUUCGGACUCAUCCUCAUGUCACACCGCGUCUGCUCAGGGUUGUUGUCCUUCUUCAUCACGCUGGAGUGCAAGCACAUUGAAAACGAGAUCAACCUCUUCAUCGAAAAGUGGCGCAGCUUCACGCGGAAGCAGCGGCAGCAAAAGUACCAGCGACUAGCAGACACAGUGCGGGUUUUGGAUCAGAAGCUGUUUCUAAUUCUUCACUUUGUCUUUACCGAGCAUAUCACAUAUAUUCUUCUGGAUAUGGUGGAUGCGCGCUGUGCUCUAACGCGCGGACGACACCUUGGCCUUUUCGUGUUGCGACACGUGAUCGGUGUGUGCUUGGCGUGCGUGGCGCUCUGGCACGCAGGCGUAGUCAACUACGCGAUCUACGAAGGCAUCUGGUCCAAGGUUGAGCGGGAACGCCUGCACCUACGAGAUGAUCAGGUUCUCUAUCGUAGGGAACUGAAGGAUUGGGGAUCGUUCCUGACUCACGGAAGUCGGUGGAGCCGUUCUGUUUGCAUCCGGCUAUUCUUCAUGCGAUACGCGCUGACGAGCAAUGUUGUCAUGGGGCUGAUCGUUUCCCUCGUUCUUUGGCCCGCAAUCGCCAAAAUCAUCCUGGCAAUUGGUUAACCUAGCUGUACAGGAAGUUCUUUUGACAAUUUUGGGCCGUAAAUACUUAAUUGCUGAUGGAACAACAACCCUUAGAAACCUGAAGGCACCCUGAAAUUUAGGCAGCAGCCCUGCCACCCCAACGUAGCUAUCAACUACAUGUCCUUACUUCGCCUUGGAUGGUCUCCCCGCUUUUCGAUUUCAGCUGUUCUUCGUUUUGGUAGACGCGACCAGAAGAUUUCGACACCACAGACUCUCCCAUUUUUCAUUCACAUAGCUACAGUGGUGCUAGCUUCUCGAUCUGUAUUUUCUGGAACCGAUGCAACAGUGAAAUACAGUAAAAUAUAGUGAACCUUCAGACCAUAAGCGGUAUCUUAUCUCGCGAGUCCUAGUAAAU